AAAGCUACUCCCUUUCUUUCCAUAUGCCGUUUGCCCUCUCAUUUUGCCCAAAAGCUUCAUGAAUUCAAUCACAAUUUCUCUUCUAUACAAACUACAUAUAAUCCGCUACACUUGAUGCAUCUUCUCGCCAUCUCUGUUCAAUUUUCUCCACUCCCAUGGCUCUCCUCACUAAACUCCCUUCAUCUUCAUUAUCAUCAUCAUCAUCUGCAAUAACCCAAUUCCAAAACCCCCAAAUCUCCACUCUGAAACCCUUCAAUUCCAUACAUUUUACAAAAACAUCAUGUUCCGCCUCUUCACCUUUCACUGAAAAGCAUUCAAUCGAAAGAUACCAAAGGGACAAAUGGGUGUUCAGGAACCAAUUAGAUCCAACCCCAUCUGAAAACCUCCCCAAUUUCUCGACUAGAGAUUACGAGAUUGCUCUUCAGCUUCCAGAGCUGAAGAAUUUGCUUCAGGUUUUGAGAGAGAAGAGAGAGGAAGGUGGGGAUGAGGAGAGACGAAAAGGGGCCCCAGGGAAUGUGUUCUUGGUGGGUACAGGUCCUGGUGAUCCAGAUUUAUUGACAUUGAAAGCUUUGAAGGUGAUUCAGAAUGCUGAUUUGGUGUUGUAUGAUAGAUUGGUGUCUAAUGAUAUAAUGGAUUUGGUGGGUCCUCAUGCUAAACUUCUUUAUGUUGGCAAAACUGCUGGCUACCAUAGUAGAACCCAGGAAGAGAUUCAUGAGUUGCUUUUGAGUUUUGCUGAAGUUGGCGCAAAUGUUGUGAGACUCAAAGGAGGGGAUCCAUUGGUGUUUGGAAGAGGUGGGGAGGAGAUGGAUUUUCUCCAACAAAAAGGCAUUCAAGUGAAAGUUAUUCCAGGUAUAACUGCGGCCUCUGGAAUAGCAGCAGAGUUGGGUGUUCCACUUACACACCGGGGAGUAGCAAACAGUGUCCGGUUUCUAACCGGCCACUCGAGAAAAGGAGGAGCAGAUCCUCUUUUUGUAGCAGAAAACGCAGCUGAUCCUGAUUCGACGUUAGUCGUUUAUAUGGGAUUAUCUACUUUCCCAUCGCUCGUCUUAAAGUUAAUCCACCAUGGUUUACCACCCGACACACCAGCAGCCGCCGUUGAGCGUGGCACCACACCACAACAACGCGUUGUUUUGGCAGAGCUGAAGGAUCUUGCUGAUAAAAUUGCAUCAGAACAAUUCAUAUCUCCGACUCUGAUCUUCAUCGGAAAAGUUGUAGCUCUUUCACCGCUAUGGCCGCAAUAUUGUUCCAAAGAGACUUCCGAGUUGAUCCAAAUGGCAGAUAUGGGUUCAUGAGAACAACAACAACAGCCGGUCAGUUUUCUCGACUUUUAAGUGGCAAAAGAACCAGAGAUUGUGGAACAGUGGUUGCUUAUGGAUUGCUAUUCGUGAGUCAGAUUUCUGUGCACAAAGGCUAUAGAGCGAAAGAUGUGCAAAACUUGAGUCAAAAAUUUUGUUCGGAUGUUACUUUUGGGUUUUUUCGACUUCUAGAUUUAUGAUCAACUAGUGGUUUAUUUGGGAUUCUGGUUACAUGAUUUGGGUUGUCCCAAAGAUUGUAGUUUGUUUGCUGAUAUCCGAUGGUUCUUGGUCAACUGAUUUGUGGAAGAGGUCGAACAAACGAGUGUCAUCCAGAGACCGAUCCCGAGCCUGGGCUAAGACGAGGCCUUAAAAUCGCGGUUCUUCGAGGUUCGGUUUGGCUCGGCUCGUUGGUCCUUUUUCGGUCCUAUAUUUUAUAGGAAGUCUAGUUAACUAUGACCCAUUUUGGCCAGUUUAAAGGUGGUUACAAAUUCAUGAAUUUCUGAUAUUUUAUUUUCUUAACUUGUUUCUUUGUUAUGUAAUGUUUA